AAAAAUUCAAUUCCCAUUACCACCUAACGUCUCUCCUUCUUGUUGCUUUGAGAAAUUGUGAGGAACUAGAAUUAAGUGUUGUUCGAUAUCGCUCAUGGCCGGCGGAGGGUUCUCGGCGGGUCCGGACGGGCGUGAGUUCGAGGCAAAGAUCACGCCCAUCGUCAUCAUCUCGUGUAUAAUGGCUGCUACUGGUGGACUCAUGUUUGGUUACGAUGUCGGUGUUUCAGGUGGAGUUACAUCGAUGCCCCCAUUCUUGAAAAAGUUUUUCCCGGUUGUAUACAGGAGGACUCUAGAACAGGGGAUCAAAAGCAACUACUGCAAAUACGACAACCAGGGCCUGCAGUUAUUCACGUCGUCGCUGUACCUGGCCGGCUUAACUGCCACAUUCGCCGCUUCCUACACCACCAGGAAGUUCGGGCGGAGGCCGUCUAUGCUGAUUGCUGGGAUUUUCUUCAUUGUCGGCACAAUUCUCAAUGCUGCAGCACAAGACCUCGCUAUGCUCAUCAUUGGCAGGAUCUCACUUGGUUGUGGAGUUGGGUUCGCAAAUCAGGCUGUACCAUUGUUUCUUUCGGAGAUUGCACCGACAAGAAUCCGCGGAGGGCUAAACAUAUUGUUCCAGCUUAAUAUCACAAUAGGCAUUCUAUUUGCAAACCUCGUUAAUUAUGGCACCAACAAGAUCACAGGAGGAUGGGGUUGGAGGGUGUCAUUGGGGCUGGCUGCUUUACCUGCCGGUCUCCUAACCGUGGGAGCUCUCUUGGUGGUCGAAACUCCUAACAGUCUCGUAGAACGUGGUCUCUUAGACCAAGGAAAAUCCGUACUUAAAAGGAUCCGCGGCACAGAAAAUGUUGAACCAGAGUUCUUGGAUCUUGUCGAGGCAAGUCGCAUAGCAAAAGAAGUGAAGCACCCCUUUAGAAAUCUCAUAAAGCGCAGGAAUCGUCCCCAACUAAUCAUUGCAGUAGCCUUGCAGAUCUUUCAACAAUUUACUGGGAUCAAUGCCAUAAUGUUUUACGCGCCAGUCCUGUUCGACACUUUAGGGUUUGGAAACGAUGCUUCCCUCUACUCAGCUGUUAUCACAGGAGCCGUCAAUGUUCUCUCCACCGUUGUAUCCAUCUACUCAGUUGACAAAGUAGGCCGCCGCAUGCUCUUACUUCAAGCUGGUUUUCAAAUGUUCAUCUCUCAAGUGGCUAUUGCCAUAAUACUAGGGAUCAAGGUUAAGGACCACUCCGAUGACCUCCACAAAGGCUUCGCAAUCUUUGUGGUGGUUCUGAUUUGCACUUACGUUGCUGCGUUUGCUUGGUCUUGGGGGCCUCUAGGUUGGUUGAUACCAAGUGAGACAUUCCCACUCGAGACUCGCUCAGCGGGGCAAAGUGUGACUGUCUGCACCAACUUGCUCUUUACUUUCAUUAUAGCGCAGGGCUUCCUCUCGAUGCUCUGCCACUUCAAGUACGGCAUCUUCCUCUUCUUCUCCGGGUGGGUCUUGAUCAUGUCUUUCUUCGUGUUGUUCCUACUCCCGGAGACGAAGAACAUUCCGAUUGAAGAGAUGACAGAGAGGGUGUGGAAGCAACAUUGGUUGUGGAAGAGGUUUAUGGAUGACGAUGACUACCACAUUGAAGGAAAUAAUGGUGAUGGCUUAAAGAAAAAUGGGCACGCUAAUGGAUUUGAUGGUGUUUCUCAGUUGUAAAUCAAGUUUCAGGGUUUGUGUCCCCUCUAAAUAGUUAAUACAGUAUUUAGUAUCUAAGCAUUUAAUAGAUUUUUCCAGUGCCAGAAAUCAACCUCUCUGGUUCACUGGGGACAUGUAUUGCAAAACUUAUUUGGGUGCAUUUGUGUAUGUGGAGUUGAUUAAUUAGUACAGAACAUUGUGGAUAAGUAGCAUUUGUUUUAAUACAAGAUUAAUGUACUUGAAACUUGAAAAUCUACAUUCCUAUUUGUUUUA